UGUUAUCAUGUGACUACAACUUCCUCUUCGUACUCCUGCUUGAUUUCACCGAUUUUUACCGAAAAUUGCCAAGUUAUUCGAUUGAAAAAAAAAAGAAGUAAAAUAUUUGACGCAGGAGAAAAGUAGAGUUAAAUGAAAUGUCUGCGAAGCCAACUUGUUUGAUAGUGGCGAGUGCCUCUCCUCAAGGGGUGUCAGCAAAGUCAUUCCACCAGUCCUUCAGCCUGUGCACCUCAGCCUUCAACCUCCAGACAGCAACACCUGGGGGGAAGCCUAUAGACUUUGUCGGAGUGGAUGAAAGUACUGCCAGAUGGGUGCAGGAUUUUAAUGUAAAGCCCUACGCAACACCAGCCAAACUUGAAUCAAUAGAUGGAGCUCGAUAUCAAGCGCUGCUCAUUCCAGACUGUCCCGGAGCACUGAAUGACCUGGCACAUAGUGGUUCUCUGCACCGCAUUCUCACACACUUUGUCUCCAACCAAAAGCCUGUGUGUGCUGUAGGCCAAGGGGUGUCGGCCCUUUGUUGUGCCACUGAGGGACAGAAGUGGAUCUUCAGUGGCUACAGUUUAACAGGGCCCUCUGUGUUUGAACUGGUGCGGAGACCUGACUUUGCCAACCUGCCCUUGAUUGUGGAGGACUUUGUGAAAGAUAGUGGUGGAUCCUACACAGCAAGCCAAGAAGAUGCAGUGCACGUCGUCAUAGACAAACACCUAAUUACUGGUCAGAAUAUGCAGUCGACCUCACUCGCUGUAAAUAAUCUAAUCCUGCUUUGUAGCACCAAGUAAAAACAUCUUUACAGCACUGAUGCUUAAGUUUAACAACUGCUAUUUCACAUUUAUAUUCAUGUCAUUAAACAAAAAUUCAUAUUGGAAGAAGCUUGGUCCAAAUAUAUGCUCAUACAACUUCAUUAUGUGUUAAUGUGAAAAUUAUAAACCCAUGAAAACACACAAUCAAAAUGUCUUAGAAAAUGACAUGAAAUAAAACUUGUGGCACAUGAAUCCCUUCAUUCAGCUUUAUACAUAUUGAUGAUCAUGCACCCUCUGUUGUUAAAUCAACAUGUUAUUACUGCACUCUGACUGAAAUGUACACUUUUUUUUGGCUUUUUUUUUUACUGUGACAUCAGAGUAAAUGAAUAAAACAUACUGAAGUA